AUGGCUUUUGUUUUUCUUAUUCUGUUGCUAACUCUCGCAAGCUCAUAUUUUUUCUACUCAGUAAUGUGGGUGCCAUGGAGAAUUCAACAACAUUUCAGAAAACAAGGUGUAGACGGCCCAGAUUAUCAACCAUUUUAUGGAAACACGGCAGAAAUGAUACGGAUGACAAAGGAAGCUCAAUCCCGAGCCAUUUCUUUUAAUCAUGACAUUGUGCACCGUGUGUUGCCAGAUUAUUAUCAGUGGUCAGUCAAGUAUGGCAAGAUUUUUUUGUGUUGGUUCGGGACGAGGCCAAGGCUGGCUGUGGUAGAUCCAGAUAUGAUCAAAGAUGUUAUGCUCAAAACAAGUGAUACUAUUGAGAGGGAUGACUUCAGUCCUUUGUCUAAGCUGCUCUUCGCACAGGGACUUCCGGGGUUGAGGGGUCACACGUGGGCUGUUCAUCGAAAGAUAGCAAAUCCAGCAUUCAACUUGGAUAGAAUCAAGGUCUGGGUGCCGGGGAUGGUAGCUAGUGUAACAAAGAUGCUGGAUAAUUGGGAGGCAAAAGUAGGAGAAAUGGGUGAAACUGAGAUGGAGGUUCACAAAGAAUUUCAUGAAUUAUCAGCUGAAAUUUUUUCUAGAACGGCUCUGGGAAAUAAUUAUGAAACUGGGAAACGCAUUUUUAAGUUGCAACAACAACAAGAGAUCUCUACUUAUCUGGCCAUGCAGAAUGUUUACAUUCCUGGAUUCAGGUUUUUGCCAACCAGAAUGAACAGACUGAGAUGGAGAUCAGAGAAGGAAACCCGAGACACGAUGAGGAUGAUUAUUGAGGCAAGUAGAAAUACAAGUGAAAAUUCACUGAAUUUCUUGAGCAUGUUAAUGUCUGCUAACAUGAAUAAACGUGGACCGCGGUUGGAGAUUGAGGAAGUCAUUGAUGAGUGUAAGACGUUCUUCUACGCGGGGAAAGAAGCAACAGCUAAUGCUCUGACUUGGGCACUUCUCCUUUUAGCUCAGCACCAAGAAUGGCAAAACAAGGCCCGCGAGGAAGUUCUUCUAGUGUGCAAAGACAAUGAGCAUCCAACUGUUGAGAACUUGCAGGAGCUGAAGAUUGUUAGUAUGAUAAUCAAGGAAGCACUCCGACUAUAUACCCCUGAUAACAGUAUCUGUAGACGGACCUUGAAGAGCGUAAAAAUUGGCAGCUUAGAUAUCCCAGCUGGAACAGAAUUGUGCGUGCCACAAGCUGCCGUGCAUCAUGACACAAAGAUAUGGGGAGCCGACGCGAAUGAGUUCAAUCCUGCAAGGUUUGAGAAACCUCCAAAGCAUUUGGGCGCGUACUUUCCAUUUGGGCUAGGCUCCAGAAUUUGCAUUGGCCGAAAUAUGGCCAUGGUGGAAACUAAAAUUGUCCUAGCUAUGAUUAUCAAGAAGUUUUCCUUCGAGGUCUCGCAAUCCUAUGUCCAUGCUCCGAUGAUGUUUUUCACUGUGCAGCCUCAGUAUGGUGCUCAGAUCCUUGUUAAGAGGAUCAACAGUUGA